CACAAGGUGAAAGCUCUCGGUGCUCCCCGGGUCUGAUCCGGAGCGGGUGCAAACAGUUCCAAGACAGGGGAAAGAAAACCAGUCCAGGGAAGACUUCUGUGCCUCAGCUAGCUAAACUAACUAAAAAGCAAAGAAGGGCUGUGUUCUGCCCCAUCCAUACCCAGACAACACAGUCCAGCAGAAUGUGGAGGAGUGAGUGCAGGCUGCUGACAAACUCCGUGCUUGCUCUUGUCCCCGCCUUCACUCUCAGAGCCAGUCUUGAAGGCACAGGGUGUAACAUCCAUCAUAAACAGAACACACGACUGGGGACACAAACAUCAUAACGUCACCCUGGGACGAGGCUGAGGGAGGUGAUCCUGCCCCUCUCCUCAGCCCUGGGGAGUGCUGCGUCCAGUUCUGGGCUCCUCAGUGCAAGAGAGACAUGGAGCUCCUGGAGCAGGUCCAGCAGAGACUGUGAGGAUGAUUAAGGGAUGGGAACACCUCUAUUGCGAGGAAAGGCUGAGGGAGCUGGGCCUCUUCAACCCUAACACUCAUGACCAGGUCCACUCAGGUACUGGAAGGUUGUUAUGAGGUCUCCACACAGUCUUCUCCAAGAUGAGCAACCCAAACCUUCACAGCCUAUCAUCAUAGGAGAAGUGCUCCAGUCCUCUUACCAACUCCAUGGUCCUCUGGAAUUGCUCCAACAUGCCCUUCUUAUGCUGGGGGCACCAGAACUGUACACAGUACUUCAGGUGGGGUCUCACAAGGGCCGAAUGGCAGAGGAGAAUCACCUCCUUUGACCUGCUGCCACUCUCCUUUUGAUGCAGCCCAGGAUUCUUUUGGAUUUCUGGCCUGCAAGUGCACAUUGCUGGCUCACGUUAAGAUUUGCUUCAACCAUCACCCCCAAGUCUUUCAUGCAAUCCUCUGCUCUCUGACCGUUUUGAACGUCAUCCGUAGCCCCUAGAGUAUAUAUAAGGUAGCUGCCAAUAGUCCUUCUGACCUUAAAGGUGUAGAUACUCUGAGCCCUCUGACAUGUCCAAAGGGCUGGAGUGCUUCACUUGGAGGUGCAGGGAACUAUGGAAGGCUCCUGGCUGGGCCUCAUCUGGGGAACCUGUGCCAUGCACUUGGAGAGCAGUGGCAUCCUUGAAAGAUUGCUCUUUACCUCCCGAGUUAUGAAGCCAAAGGUUGUCAAGCUAUUUUUUCCUUCUGCUCUGCUUAAUUUAUGUUGAGGGGAUUUUUUUUCUGUUUGUCACACCUGGAAGGAUGAAGUACAUCUCUCCUCCUUUCAGGGAGGAGGAGACUCUAAGCCUCAGGGUAAGACUCUUUCCCUGGGGCUUAGAGAAUCUUUUGGGGAAAUACUGAGAAUAGAUUUGUCAUUUUCUCUUUGAAUGAUGAUCAGAAAAGCAUUGUGUGAGGGAGGAACAUGGUGGUUACCAUAAUGUUUUAAAAAUAGUGUCCAGAACUGCAUUUCUUGAAGGUCUUGAUCCCUUGUUAUGCUUUAAGGAAAUAGAGUGGCUCAAGGCUUUCAUGGGGGCAGAGGCCGAUAAACACCCCAUUUCUGUGUCACCUUUGAAUUAAGCAUGCCUGAUCUGGAAUCCUUGGUUUUGGGCAGUUUUGGACAUGGCACCUUUUGACCUUGGGACCCACCAGAGCUGAGCAACGAUGAAGUUAUUUACCAAGCAGCCACCUCAGUAUUGAAAACCAUAUUCUGCAGUUGAUGCCCAAAUUCCCAAGCUAUGCAGCCUGACUUCAGACAAGGCACAAGAAGGGAUGCCUCUAUCAUCAGUCUCGCAUCUCUAAGUCAGGUUUUCUUUAUUUUCCCUCCAACCUACCCUGAGUUUUUGUUACUGAUCCAUCCUCCCGCCUGUGGCAAGGAAGUGUCUUGUGUCCUCCAAGGUCCAUCUGAUACAUUACUGAAGUUUCAGUGCUCUGCACCUACACCCUGUACAGAGAGCAAUUCCUUUCCAGAUCUGGGGGUUUGGAGCCACUGUGAAUCUCGGCUUAGGGACCUUUUAGAAACAUGGAAACAAGAGCAGCACAUCUUCUCUAAAGGAAAACUGCAGUAACAUACCAGGUGUGCAAUCUGGACCAGAAAUCUUCAAAAGUCAAGAGCAAAGGACAUUUAAUCCUGACCAAGCAGAUGAAACAUUUGGUCUGAGAGCUGGAGAAAAUUCAAGGGACUGUGUAUGGGUGGAGGUGGAGACCUGGGUCUGCUCGGCACAAAGAAGAGGAGUCUCACUGCUGUCUUCAGCCGCCUAACAGGAGACUGUGCUGGAGCGUGUGGGCAGCGGGGAGGGCAGCAGGCACAAGCUGAAGCCCUGGAAAUGGACACGGGAAUUCUGUGCCUGGCCCAAGCAAACCAAGAAGAGAGGCUGGGACACAAAGGAGAGUGAAGGUUACAAGAGUUACAAAAAGAGCCUGGUCAACGGGACCUUCUCCGAAGUCAAGGACAGGAUGUUUUCCCACCUGCCCUCCCUGCAGCUGCUCUUGCUGAACUCCAACUCCUUCACUGUUAUACGAGAUGAUGCCUUUGCUGGUCUCUUCCAUCUAGAAUACCUAUUUAUUGAAGGAAACAAAAUUGAAACCAUUUCAAGAAAUGCAUUUCGUGGCCUUCGUGACCUGACUCACCUUUCGUUGGCAAAUAACCAUCUCAAAGCUUUGCCAAGGGAUGUCUUCAGUGAUUUAGAUUCUUUAAUUGAACUAGAUUUAAGGGGAAAUAAAUUUGAGUGUGACUGCAAAGCCAAGUGGUUGUUUUUGUGGUUAAAGAUGACAAAUUCCACUGUUUCUGAUGUCCUGUGUAUUGGUCCAGCAGAAUAUCAGGAUAAGAAGUUAAAUGAUGUGACAAGUUUUGAUUAUGAAUGCACCACUACAGAUUUUGUUGUCCACCAGAUUUUGCCCUACCAGUCUGUUUCAGUGGAUACGUUCAACUCAAAGAAUGAUGUGUUUGUAGCUAUUGCACAGCCCAGCAUGGAGAACUGCAUGGUGCUGGAGUGGGAUCACAUUGAAAUGAAUUUCAGGAGUUACGACAAUAUCACAGGUCAGUCUAUAGUGGGAUGUAAAGCUGUUCUUGUUGGUGACCAAGUCUUUGUGGUGGUGGCACAGCUCUUUGGUGGCUCACACAUUUACAAGUUUGAUGAAAGCUGGACGAAGUUUGUCAAAUUCCAGGAUAUUGAAGAAUCUCGCAUUUCCAAGCCAAAUGAUAUAGAGCUUUUUGAGAUAGACAGUGAAAUGUUUUUUGUCAUAGCAGAUAGCUCGAAAGCCGGCUUGUCAACAGUGUAUAAGUGGAAUAACAAAGGAUUUUAUUCGUAUCAGUCUCUUCAUGAGUGGUUCAGGGACACUGAUGCUGAGUUUCUCGAUAUAGACGGGAAAUCACAUUUAAUCCUCUCUAGCCGUUCCCAGGUGCCCAUUAUACUCCAGUGGAACAAAGCCUCCAAAAAGUUUGUCCCACACAGUGAAAUCCCCAACAUGGAAGAUGUCUUGGCUGUGAAGAGUUUCAGGAUACAAGAUGACCUUUACAUCACACUCACAAGAUUCAUUGGUGACUCCAGAGUUAUGAAAUGGAAUAGCAAACAGUUUGUGGAGAUACAGGCUCUUCCAUCCCGGGGAGCCAUGACACUGCAGCCUUUCUCCUUCAAGAACAAUUAUUACCUAGCCUUGGGAAGUGACUAUACCUUCUCCCAGAUUUACCAGUGGGAUGGUGAAAAGAAGAUAUUCAGAUUAUUUAAAGAAAUCUACGUGCAAGCACCACGGUCUUUCACAGCUGUGUCAACAGAUCGAAGAGAUUUUUUCUUUGCCUCUAGUUUUAAAGGAAACACUCAAAUAUUUGAACAUAUCAUCAUUGACUUGAGUUUAUGAAAAGAUGCUAGAGUGAAAUUUAUGUAGAAUGACAUUUAUACGCAAACAAAACAAAAAGAGACCUUUCCAAAAACAAGGUGCACCUAUGGAGUAUGAUGACAUUUUCUGAACUUUUCAAACUUGCAUAUUAAUCAGGGACUGCAUUUACUUGGUUUCUGCAUGACAUGUCCAUUUUAUCCUUUUUCAAAGACACUUUGCAAUCUGCAGUCAUUCAAAGAGGAGUGCAGUGCAUUAGAAUUAAUGUUGACAUCUAAGAAAAUGACCUAAAUUUAAUCCAGCAAACUCCCUUGAGUUGAACAUCUCAUAAAGAAAAUGAAGAGUGAGCCAUACAAAGCAUAAAAAUGAUCUUGACUCCUAAAGUAACAUUUUAGUAGUGUAGUUUUAAUAUUAGAGCCUGUUCUUCGUGGUUGCUGAUGAAUUGUAAAAGCAAACAGGAACAUUCUAGAAUACACUGAGUUCUCUCUUCAAAAUCUUUCUUUCUGGUUCCCAGUAAAUCCAAGACAUCAUUAUAAUUCAUUGCAGACUGAAGGGAGAGUCAAAAUCUAUUGCCGUUUUUCUACCAUUAUUCACUUUUUUCAGCAAUAAAUUGUGCAUAACAAGUAGCCCAGCCCACAGUAAGUAGGUAGCUAGGAAUAGUGUGUCUCUUCAGGACCAUGAGAUCUUAACAAGUUAUUACAGACAGAAAAUGUCAGAGGUCUUCAUAAUGCCACGAACAAAUCAACUACAAGUCACACCCACUCUCUGUUUUAAUAGGUAUUCCAGAAAUCCAUUCCAUUUUGCCCUAAUUCAUAUUUUUCCUGAUGAUUUCCAGUAGAUUCUGGGUGUUUAACAUAUUACUUUGUUGUGAACCCUCAUUCCAGAAGGCAGGGCUUAAGCUUUGCCUGAAACACAUUGACAUUGAUGCACCCCAGGUUGCAGCUCCUCGGCACUCAGUGAGGUGAUUUAUUGCCUAGGGUUUCUACCACACAGCACAGCUCAUUAGCAGUAAAUUCAGGUUUGGGACAUCAAAGUUGUAUUCAGGAAAUCCUCCUUCUGGCUAAAGUCUAACUGUGACUUCAGUAUCACCAAGUCAUCUGAAACCAAGCUGGUGCAGCUGUUUCAGACUAGAGCUAAUCCCACCUCCAAGAAAGAUUUCCACUGGGUGAGUGCAGGCUGUUGCCAGAUUGCCAAUCCAUUGAAGGUUAAAGAGGAGCAUGAGGGCAAACUGUGCUUCGUUGUUGUUUUGGCUGGUUACAGACCAAGCCAUUCAGCCAUCCUAAUGACUCGGGACAAUCCUCGCACACAGAGCCUCUCUCAAGAUAACAGCAAGGGACUGUUUUCCAGGAAAGGGUCUUUGCCCCUCUUGCCCAAAAUAAUCAGAGCUCUUUUUUGUUCACUUACACAAGAUAUUUCUUUACAUUUCCAUAACACUUAGUCUACUAGGUUGUUUUAUCAUGUCUUGCUGUUGCAUUGCUGCCUUUGAUAAUACGGAGGUCUUGCAUAAAGCAGGAGGAGCAAAGGAAACUAUCCUUUAUUCCAUCAUACUUAGGCCUAUCUCACCAUCCUUCUGCUGAGUGAGUUUGACAUUUUUCCCCUGGACAUGGCCUAUGAUCACAAACAGAGAUGUUCUCAUAGGCUUUCCAAUAUGCAGGGUGUGAAGUAUGCUGCAGAGGAGGAUUAUGUGUAAGAGCUCCCAUGAGGAGUCAUAACCUACCAGUGACCUGUCACAGUCUUCUCCAACUUUUGCCACUCUGCUAUGAAAUGAAGUUAUUACUGGCCUGUCAGAGACAUAACUCAUCCUGAUUUUCAAUUCUGUGUUAGGGGUCUUUUUUUCCUACAGAGUUGUUCAACCUGGUUUUGUUUUUAGCUACACUGGCAACCUGGCCCAUCCCACCCUCUGAGAUACUGAGUGCUGCCCUCUGAAUCCCAAUGGGGUCUCAGUCCCAGUGGUUCAAUCAAGACCAGUAGAUGCAAACCAACACUCUGCAAUAGGGUUUAGCAAUACCUCUCCUAGGAUUAAGCUAACUAAUCUGACAAAACAAAGACACUCAUGUCUGCCAGUGAAGGAAAUUUCUUACUAUGUUUCCAGUUUACUUUUUAAAGUGGAUAUGGCUGGCAAGCAACGUUUAUUUAGCCUAUGUUGUGGGAAAGCAUUUUGUAUUGCUUUUCUGUUAAGCAUGCAAGUUUCACUAGAGUUAGAUACUCUGAUGAGGGUGGCAUUUCUCAGUGCACCAGCACUUUAUUUUAGGGCUCAACUGUGAGUUCUUGUGACUCAGGAAGGGGCAUCAGUCAGAGUGAAAAGCUAGUUUAGAGAAAUUGGAUCCUUGAAGGGAAGCAAGAGGAUGCUGGAAAAAGGCUUGUGUAUUGAAUACCAGGAGAUUGUACUGUUUCAAGAGCCAAGGGGAUUUUGAGACUUGGCUAUCAAGUUGGAUUAAAUUAAAAUGGUAUCUGCAGAGACAGGCUUAAUAAAGAGGAUAAAGUGAUCCACAGGAGUCUAGCUCAUUCACAUGGGACCAGAAGAAGAGAGUGAGGGAAAUUAAUUCUGCGAGCAGGCUGCUGCUUCUGUUGAGUAGCUGUGUUGGUUGACCAGAAAGCCCAGCUCAGCAUCCCUCCUAGCCUCAGGAAGAGCCUGGAGCCAGACACUGGCUUGCCUGUUCUGCUGAGCUCAUGCACAGGAGGUCAAAGCAGCUAAGAGCGAGGACAAAAAGCACCAGUUGAAUUAAGAAAAGAUUAUGGUACUUUUCACAGGAUUAAACAAAGGCAAGACCUCAAAAAGAGCCUUGUUCUGCUCUUCCUGCUCCCAAGGAAAAGCUGCAGGAUGCAGGCAUAAAACAGAAAUUGUUAAUAAUUGAAAAUCCUUUCUACCUUUCCAAAUGCAACCAUGGUUUGUCUCCAUUGCCUAUAUUCUGUAAUAGAAAUUGUUUUGAAUGGUAAAUAAAAUAUGCAUAUUCAUAAUUAAUUGAAAUGUUAGACGAUCAGGACAGUGAAAAAGGAUAACAGAACAUGCCACUGAUAACUUUUAAUGUAUUCUAAAAUACAUAAAUUAUGUAAAGUUCAUUAGUUUAUAUAAGCAUUGAUUUAAUAUGCAUUAGCUAUAGCAGGAGCAUUUUAAGGUUGUAUAUACAUUGAGCUUUUUUUAGUAAAGAGGAGCUGAUGCAAUCUAUGCUACUGACAUGUGUAUGUACUCUUUCAAUAUAUGAAUAAAAUGCAGUUAAUGUGACUAA